UCAUAGCGACAAACUUCUUCCUUCUUUCUCUUUCUCUGUGAACGCGUGUGUGGUGUGUUGUGUAAAGCAGAGGGAGGAGAUGGAUGAAGAACCUGCUCAGUAGUGGGUAUAUAAGUGUGUUUAAAUGGAGGUUAUGAUGAUGGCUGAUGGAUGGAGCAGUGGAAUGAUCCGUUUAGAGGAGUGGUAAUGGAGCGACUCGGUCAACCUGUGGUGCGCUGCGCACUGCUGCUCGCCUGCACUUCCCUUUUUACAGGCCUCCAUGCGAGUCCCGUCUCUCACAAUCCAUUCAUUCUGAGUAAUCUGUGUAAGUUCUGUGAUGUCAGGCAGAGUGAGUGUAAUGGCACUGAGGGUCACUGCAUGGUCCCCUGCAAUAUCACCUCCAUCUGUGAGCACAGUGACGAGGUCUGCGUUAGUGCAUGGCGCAGGGAUGGUGAGAAUAUUACCGUGGAAACAGUGUGUCAUAACCCGGCGUUGCCGUUUUAUGGUGUGAUGCUGAAAGACUUCAACACCAAGGAGUGCGUGAUGAAGCAGUACGAAAAACUCGGGCCUGAUAUGUACGUCUGCUCCUGCAGCCAAGAGGAGGAGUGUAACGAAAAGCUCAUUUUCUCCAUCGAGACACCAGUGAAGACCCCCCUGAUGUCCAUCGUCCUGGUCGUCCUGGUGCCUGUCGCCAUGCUGGUCCUCGCACUCCUCUCCUUUAUUUACUGUUGCUGCGUCCACUCACUCCGCUCGUCCAAAAUGAAGCACGACUUCAGCGACACACGCUCCAUCCUCACCCUCAGACACGAACGUUCGGACAGCGUCUCUAACUGGCUCAAUCACAACACGGAGCUUCUGCCCCUCCAUCUGGAUGAGAUGGUGGGAAAAGGACGAUUCGCCUCUGUGCAUCGCGCCCGGCUCGGCCAGAAGAGUGAAAACGGGGUGUUCCAGAUGGUCGCGGUGAAGAUCUUCCCACUGGAGGAGUUUCUGUCCUGGAAGACCGAGCGCGAGAUCUUCCUGGACCCAGAGCUCUGUCACGAGAACAUCGUCCACUUCCUGGCCGCGGAGAAGCACACGCUAGAGCGACAGCUGUGGCUGAUCACGGCCUAUCACUCUCGAGGAAACCUGCGAGACUUCCUCAGUGGACACCAGCUGGAGUGGGAGGAGCUCUGCAAGAUGGGUGGUGAUAUCGUAAGGGGCUUGGCUCACCUGCACAGCGACCGAAACACAGUGGGCGGAGUCAAAUCGGCGAUCGCUCACCGAGACCUGAAGAGUGACAACGUGCUGGUGAAAGAUGACCGAAGCUGCUGCAUCUGUGACUUCGGCCUCAGCAUCAAACUGGACAGCAACAUGAGCACAGAGGAGCUCGCUAACAGAGGACAGGUGGGCACGGCGAGGUACAUGGCCCCCGAGGUGCUGGAGUCCAGACUGAACCUGGAGAACAUCGAGUCCUUCAAGCAGGCAGAUGUUUACUCCAUGGCUCUGGUGCUGUGGGAGAUCACCUCCAGGUGCAGCGCUAAUGGAGAGGUGAGAGAGUACGAGCCACCGUUUGGAAAGCUGCAUCAGCCGUGUAUCGAGAGCAUGAAGGACAUGGUGAUCCGAGACCGAGAGCGACCAGAGAUCCCGUCCAGCUGGAGGACACACCCGGGUGUGAACCUGGUGUGUGAGAUAAUCGAGGAAUGCUGGGAUCAGGAUCCAGAGGCUCGGCUGUCGUCUCUGUGCGUAUCCGAGAGAUUUCAUCUUUUCAGCGAUCCCUUGUUCCUCCACUCCGACUCUGUGGAUGAGGAGAAAGCAGGCAGCCUGUCAGAGUCAGGGGCGGAGUUAUUACAGUUAACUUCCUGAAAUGACUGAAAUUCAAUGUCUUUGAAGAAAAUCUGCUUCAAAACCCAGAGCUUUUAUAAUUAAUGCUAACAUUUCUGUACUGUGAAUAAAGAGCUAAUGAAACAGUGACGCAAACCCAUUUUAUAAUAAAGCACAUGAAGCUAACCUGCUAA